GUUAGUAGAUUUGGAGUUGGUCACGAGGAAGAAGAGAGAGAAGGAAGGAGGUGAUCGAGUUGGCGAGAUAGCGAUAAGAGAGCAGCAGAGCGAACCCCAGAAGCUAAUUUCUUUCUUUAGGGUUUAAAACUGCAGAUAACCCCUCCAUCUUUUUCCUCUCCCUCUCUUCUCCUCUGGGUAAGGGAUAUAUUCCUUCGUUUCUUCCCGCCACCGCCACUGCACCGCUCUUCGAAUUGGGCAGACACUCCUUCAUGGCGUCCCAGGUUAUCCGCGAGUGGAUUGGGAUUAACACCUUUGCAAUGGCUACUCAAGACAAAUUACUUGAACUGUUGGGUAGACUGAAACAGGAGAAUGUCAGCACCUUGACGAUACUUGUAAUGGGAAAAGGUGGUGUUGGAAAGUCAUCCACUGUGAAUUCCAUUAUUGGUGAGAGAGCAGUAUCUGUUAGUCCUUUUCAGUCAGAAGUACCAAGGCCUGUGAUGGUUUCUCGCUCAAGGGCUGGAUUUACGUUGAACGUCAUUGAUACACCUGGCAUUAUAGAAGGAGGUUAUAUCAAUGACCAGGCACUUGAGAUCAUAAAACGCUUUCUUUUGAAUAAGACCAUAGAUAUUCUACUAUAUGUGGACCGCUUGGAUGCAUAUAGAGUUGAUAACUUGGAAAAGCAGGUUAUUAAGGCCAUAACAGACAGCUUUGGUAAAGCAAUAUGGAAUAGGGCUUUGGUCGUCCUCACUCAUGCUCAAUUUUCCCCACCAGAUGGAUUACCCUAUGAUGAAUUUUUCAACAGAAGAUCAGAAGCUCUGCUAAAGACAGUUCGAUCGGGUGCCUCUUUCAACAAAAAUGAUAUUCAGGGGUCAAAUAUUCCAGUCGUCUUAGUUGAGAACAGCGGACGGUGCAACAAGAACGAGAAAGACGAAAAGGUUCUUCCAAACGGAACUGCUUGGAUUCCUCACUUGGUUGAGACCAUCACCACAGUUGUGUUGAAUGGAAGCAAGUCUAUUUUUGUUGAUAAGAAGUUGAUUGAGGGCCCAAAUCCCAACCAGAGGGGGAAGUUGCUGAUUCCCUUUAUUUUUGCACUGCAAUAUCUCUUCGUUGUUAAACCUAUCGAACGUGCAAUAAGAAGCGAUAUCUCAAAAGAGAGUAGACCAUCAUGGGAGACGCGUGAUACAAGCUUCACCAGCCGCAAGUAUUGAUUUGGCCACAAAUAAAUUUUCUCAAUGAUCAUCAGUGUGGCUUUUUGGUGAGUUCAUCUUUAAAGUCUUUUGGUUCGUGUUAAGAUUAGUAAUCCUCGUGUUUUGUAGAAGUUCGAAUUUCGAGAGAACUGAGUUUCUGUAUGCAAAUUCAUACACUGCAAACUUCAAUUCGGCUACUCAUAUUAAGUUAGGAUUAUGUUUCUUUCCUUC